GCAAAUUUUGCCUUUUUCACAGGCGACACAGCGACAUACAGAAAGAUGGUGAAUAUGGCUGCGAGACGAGCGGCGACUGUUGCUGCACUGUUGGUGGUGGUGGUGGUGGCGGGGUGUGUUGGUGGUGUGGCUGCAUCCACAGAGCAGUCCUUGACCUUGUUGUUGGACGCGGGAGAGAACCAGUGCAUCUACGAAGAUGUCGCCGAGCACAUGAACAUUCGCAUGGAAUUUCAGGUGAUUGCGGGCGCCAAUCUGGAUGUGGAUUACACGGUUGUGUCGCCAUCCGGGCAUGUGCGGGAUCAAGGAAAGCGACUCACCCACUCCAUGUUCAAAGGCCCCAACGCAGAGCCAGGCACAUGGAAGUUUUGCUUCAGCAACCGCUUCAGCGUCUUGCAUGAGAAGGCCGUGCACUUUUCACUCAUCCUCGACGACGGAGAUCCGGUCGAGUCAUGGGAGAGCCAGCUGCCAGUCAGCCCGGCUGGGGAGACUGUUGAAAGUAUCACAAAGUAUGCCAUGCGCCUGCGCGUGCACUUCAAGCAAAUCAUCCGCGACCAAACCCACCUGUGGGCACGCGAGGCCCGCCAUCGACAAACGGCCCAGUUCAACAACGAGAGAAUCGGGGUUGUAUCUGCCGUUGAGAUUGCCAUCAUCAUCAGCAUCGGCCUGAUCCAGGUGUAUGUUGUUCGCUCGUUCUUCAAGACGCCGUCUACCAAGGCCGCCGCCAAGUCAUAGCAUGCAACUUGCCCGUGUGCGCCUGCGUAUGUAUGGAACGUUCCUAUCGUAUCGAGCAGGCAACAAAGGAAGAUGAACAAGAAGAACGACAACAAGAGCAACAAGAACAAGAAGAACAAG